UAAAAAUCCCACGAACGAAGAAGCCCUAAAACGGCUAAACCCUUGCCGAAUAGGCGAAUACACAAAACCCUUGCAGAACCCCUCUCUCUCUCUCUCUCUCUCUCUCUCUCUCAUAGACACGUGAAUACAUAUAUACAUAUACACACAAAUACAUAUUGUCUUUGGAUUUCGCUGUAGUAACUUGGGUGUCGAACAUGGCUCAUGCAACUGAGGGUGUGUCAGAGAGUGUGGAGGCGGUUAGGUUCAGUUUCCUUACGGACGAGGAGGUGAGGAAGCACAGUGUUGUGAAGAUUACAAACCCCAUUUUCCUCGACCGCGUGGAGAGGCCUGUCCCAGGAGGUCUGUAUGAUCCGGCAAUGGGGCCAAUAAAUGACCAAUCACCCUGUAAAUCAUGUGGACAACGUGCAUUUCAUUGCCCAGGUCAUUGUGGUCAUAUUGACCUUAUCCUACCAGUCUACAAUCCGUUGCUAUUCCACAUGCUCCAUAAUCUUCUACAAAGUACUUGUUUCUAUUGCUUACAUUUUAGGGCAAGCAAAAGUCAGGUUGGAAAAUGUGCUUCGCAAUUGGAACUAAUUGCAAAGGGUGACAUUGUUGGAGCCAAAAGGUUGGAUUCAGUCUCACCAAGUGAAUCAAUCGAUCCAGAGGAUAGUGAUGGGAGCCAUGUAUCUUGUACUACUGUUCAUUCUGGCGCAGAGACUGACAACUCUGAGGAUUGGAAUCAAGGCUGGACCUCUCUCCAGUUUACUGAAGCAAUGUUAGUAUUGAAUAAACUUCUAAAGCUAAAAACAAAAGAGUGCAAGAACUGCGAGGCCAAAAAUCCUAAGAUCACUAAACCUACUUUUGGCUGGUUUCAUAUGAUGGCUUUAUCUGAUGAGAACGAGAGAGCAAACAUCAUUGAGGGUCACAAGUUUGGUGGCACACUCAGUGGUGUAACUGAGGAGAUUCCUUCCUCUGAGGUUGUAAAUGCUGAUGAUGCUGAAAGUGAUUCAUUUACGGACAUCACUAAUGUAGCCGAAGGUUCUAAGCAAGAAAAGCCUGGAAAAAGUAAACGGGAGCGCGUGCCUCGUGCACUUAUUAAGCAGAAGAAUUCAAUUUCGGGGCCUCUCUUACCAUCUGAGGUUAGAGACAUUGUAAAGAGGCUUUGGGAGAAUGAGGCACACCUCUGCUCUUUUAUCUGUGAUAUUGAGCAUCAGCGAUUCAGUAUAUUUGGAAACAGAUCUGGUUACACUAUGUUCUUCAUAGAGGCCCUUCUUGUUCCCCCAACCAAGUUCCGCCCUGCAACCAAGGGUGGUGAUAAUAUCAUGGAGCAUCCCCAAACUGUUCUGCUAGGCAAAGUUCUGGAGUCCAACAUUGCUUUGGGAAAUUCUCAUGUUAACAAUCUUGAACGCUCAAAGAUUGUCAACCGGUGGAUGGAUCUUCAACAGUCUGUGAAUGUAUUAUUUGAUAGCAAGACUGCCACGGGUCAAGCUAAAAGAGAGUUUGCUUCUGGAAUAUGUCAAUUACUGGAGAAAAAGGAGGGAAUCUUCCGCCAGAAAAUGAUGGGGAAGAGGGUCAAUUUUGCCUGCCGAUCCGUUAUAUCUCCAGAUCCUUAUUUGGCAGUUAACGAAAUUGGAAUUCCUCCAUAUUUUGCUUUAAGAUUGACCUAUCCGGAGAGAUUGACUCCCUGGAAUGCUGGCAAUUUGAGAGAUGCAAUUAUUAAUGGCUCUGAAAUACAUCCUGGGGCUACACAUUAUGUUGAUAAACUGUCAACUGUCAAACUACCUCCAAGCAAGAAAACACGUAUCUCGAUUUCAAGAAAAUUACCUUCUUCCAGAGGGGUGGUUACACAGUAUGGGAAGAGUUGUGACUAUGAAUUUGAAGGGAAAACUGUAUAUCGGCAUUUGCGGGAUGGCGAUGUUGUGCUGGUCAAUCGGCAGCCAACUCUUCACAAGCCAAGUAUCAUGGCACAUGUAGUUCGUGUAUUGAAAGGGGAGAAAACUCUUCGGAUGCAUUAUGCUAAUUGCAAUUCCUAUAAUGCUGAUUUUGAUGGUGAUGAAAUUAAUGUUCAUCUACCUCAAGACGAAAUUUCCCGUGCUGAAGGUUAUAAUAUUGUCAAUGCUAAUCAUCAAUAUAUUGUCCCAACGAGGGGUGAUACUGUCAGAGGCUUGAUUCAGGAUCACAUUGUAAGUGCUGUGCUUCUCACAAUGAAAGAUACAUUUCUUACGCAAGUCCAGUUUAAUCAGCUCCUCUAUGGUUCUGGUUUGUUUGGUGCUGCAUGCGGUUCAUCUUCUGCCAAACCAAAUCGAAAAAUUUCUACUAUAUAUUCUGAAGAUCUGAUGCUGCCAGUUUUGCCUGCUGUAUGGAAACCAAAGCCUCUUUGGACUGGGAAACAGGUCAUUACAGCACUGCUUAAUAAUUUGACGAGAGAUUACACACCAUUUACUGUUGAAAAAGAUGGGAAGAUCCCAUCAUCCUAUUUUGGCAGCCGGGCUGGUCAAAGCCAACCUAGCAAAGAUGGCGAAAAUGAAGACAAUGGGGAACAUAGGUUGUUAAUUCAAAAGAACGAGCUUGUGCAUGGUGUGAUUGACAAAGCUCAGUUUGGCAAGUAUGGUUUGGUUCAUACUGUGCAGGAGCUUUAUGGUUCAAAUACUGCAGGCAUUUUGCUUUCUGCUCUAAGUCGCUUAUUUACAGUGUUUUUGCAGAUUAAUGGGUUCACCUGUGGGGUGGAUGACCUUCUGAUAUUACCAAGAAAUGACGAGCAAAGGAAGAAGGAACUUGAGGGUGAAGAUAUUGGUGAAAAAGUUCACUGUGAUUUCUUCAAUUUCAAGCCCGGUACCAUAGGCUCCAUGAAGCUGCAAACGGAAAUUGAGAAAGCAAUCCACAAUAUCGGACAAUCUGUCGUAACAACCUUGGAUUUGAAGAUGAAGAAUACGCUUCAUGACAAGACUUCUAAUAUCCACAAAGAUCUACUGCUUAAAGGAUUAUUAAAACCUUUUCCAAAGAACAGCAUUUCGCUUAUGACCAUUAGUGGAGCUAAAGGAAGUUCGGUUAAUUUCCAACAAAUAUCAUCUUGUCUGGGCCAGCAAGAGUUAGAAGGGAAACGAGUACCUCGGAUGGUUUCUGGGAAAACCCUACCCUGCUUUCCGGCAUGGGAUUUUUCAUCUCGAGCUGGAGGUUUUAUUUCUGAUCGCUUCCUUACUGGUCUUCGUCCUCAGGAAUAUUAUUUCCACUGCAUGGCUGGUCGUGAAGGGUUAGUCGAUACAGCAGUAAAAACAUCUCGUAGUGGAUACCUGCAAAGGUGCCUGGUAAAAAAUCUAGAGUGCCUGAAAGUUUGUUAUGACUACACAGUCCGUGAUGCUGAUGGUUCUAUCAUUCAGUUUACUUACGGAGAAGAUGGUGUUGAUGCUCACCAAACCAGUUUUAUUUCUCAAUUCAAAGCACUGGCAGCGAAUCAACCAAUCCUUGGGAAAAAAUUUAAUCAUGAGCUUGAAUUCAAUAAUUACAUUACGAAGUUGCCUAAACGUCUCAAGAAGGAAGCAAAAAAGUACAUAAAGGAAUUGGAGGAAAACAAGAUACCUUCGGAGCUGAAAAAGCCCAAGGACUUACUGAAUUUAGUGAGUCAAAAAUACAUAUCUAGUCUUGCACAUGCAGGGGAACCAGUCGGUGUAAUUGCUGCUCAAUCUGUAGGUGAACCAUCAACCCAGAUGACGCUUAACACCUUCCAUCAUGCUGGGCGUGGAGAAAUGAACGUGACACUUGGUAUUCCACGUUUACAGGAGAUUUUGAUGACUGCGUCAAGUGAUAUCAAGACUCCUAUAAUGACAUGUCCAUUGCUACAGAAUAAGUUGAAGAAGGAUGCUGAGCGCCUUGUGAAAAAAGUGAAGGUGGUCACUGUUGCGGACAUUAUAGAGAGCAUGGAAGUAAGUCUUUUGCCAGUACCCAUUGAACAUCACCAUGUAUCUAGGUUAUAUAAACUUAGGAUGAAGCUCUCUGAAUCCAAAGUGUCUUCAUCUGAUGACUAUGAGGAAACCCUAGAAGUUUGGUUUCUAAGAGAACUGGAAGACGCCAUACAAAAUCAUUUGGGUUUACUCUCCAGAAUCAACGGCAUAAAAAACUUUGUGCCAGAGUUGCAAUCAACAGCAUCGGAUGGGACAGAUGAGGAUCCUUCUAGCAACAACCAACGGGAGGAAGAUGAUGAUGCCGUUGAUGACGAAAGGGGUGAUGAUCUGGGUUUGGAUGCAGAAAAAAGAAAAAAGCAAGCGACAGAUGAGAUGGAUUAUGAGGAUGGUUCCGAAGAUGAAAUCAAUGAAGGGGAGACUUUGGAUGGUAAAGAAACAGAUCAAGGGGAGAACGAAGGGGAGGUUACAGAGGAAGGUGAAAUUGGAGCAUUAGAUGAUAAUGAAGAUGAUGAAGCCUCUGAAAUGCCAGAUGAGCAGGCAUUGCCCUCCAAGCCUAGUAAAUCACAUGACGAAACUACCAAAGCAAAAGCGAUGGGUAAAAAGAAGGUGAAAGCCGUGCUAGUUAGAAAGGACUCUGAUAGAUCAAUCUUCGUUGCUACAAACGGAUUGGAAUUUGAGGUUCAUUUCAGGUUUACCACCGAGCCUCAUAUUUUGAUGCUUCAGAUUGCUCAGAAGACUGCCAAGAAGGUCUAUCUCAAGAGCUCCGGGAAGAUCAAUACGUGUCAAGCGGUUAAGUUUGCUAAUAAUGAUCAAGUUCUUUGGGAAGAAGGCAGUAACGGCAAAGCACAAAACAAGGAUGGCAAUGCAGGCCCGUGGGCUCUGAAGACGGCCGGAGUGGAUUUCUUGGCGCUUUGGGAAAUGCAAGAUGACCUUGACGUCAAGCGCAUAUAUUCCAACAACAUCCAUGCUAUGCUAAUCACUUACGGAGUGGAAGCUGCGAGGGAAACCAUCAUUAGGGAGAUUAAGCACGGAUUUAGUAGUUACGGCGUGGAAAUUGAUUACCGGCAUUUGUCCCUAAUUGCAGAGUUUAUGACGCAUUCAGGCGGGUACCGUGCGAUGAGUCGUUUUGGGGGGAUAGCGGAGUCUAUAUCCCCUUUCCUUAAAAUGUCUUUCGAAACCGCAACCAAGUUCAUCGUCGAAGCAGCGUCUCACGGGUUGACGGACGAUUUGGAGACCCCGUCGUCUAGGAUCUGCCUUGGCUUGCCGGUUAAGAUGGGGACAGGUUGUUUUGACCUAAUGCAUAAACUAGAGAUCUGAUGUAUAUGGAGAUUGGAGACUCUAUGUUUGCUUUGUUCUUUCGAAUUUAAUUAUGACCUUUAGGUGUGGUGGUGAGAGUAGAAGCUGUUACGGUUUUAAUGGUGUUGUAACCCUAGGUUUUCUUUUGUUAUCAAAUGGGAAUGGCAUUGUUAUUAUAUAGGAAACCCUUCUCCGGUUUGAGGAAUCCAUUACUGCAUAUCUGGUGGUGAAAA